AUGCCAGCGGCAAGAGGAGGCGCCAACGGCAAACUCCCCCCCGGUGGCCGGGCACUGCUAAAACGGGCGGUGAAACGUCACUGGGGGUGCAGAAGUGGUCUAACCACUCCUGCAGAAGCAUUUACCUUCAGGAAUUGCACUACAGUAUGUGGGAGGCUUUUACCGCUCACCUUGAGAAGCGCACACGUCAUUCUAUUUCUGAUUCCUUGCUUUGGUCGCGGCCUUGAUGUUUAUUUCCGAGGUUUGUAUUCUUUCUUGUUUUGUCUUUGUCACGCUGAGCUACUGCCGCAAAACGAACAAGGACUUUUCGACUAACGAUGCGCUACUUGUCAUUUACGAAAAUAAAGUCGUCGAC